AUGUUCCAGACUUUUUGUUUUUCAUCUAAACUCAAUAUUCCCAAAGUUCUGUUACCUUUAGCCCAUAGCACAAGGAUCAGUUUCAUGUUAGAAGCAACAGAUGGCUGCUACAGGUGGACUUCAACUAGACCGGAUGUUGCUAUUGUGACUGCGGUUUAUUCAGAUGAGCGUCAAUGUUCUCAGAAAGCAAUCCUACAGGUGCGGUCUACACAGCCAGCUAGGCUGACAAGUAUUAUCCUAGCCGAAGACCUUUUGACUGGUCAGGUUCUUCGAUGUGAUGCAAUUGUUAACCUUAUCAAUGAAAUUCAAAUCAUUUCAACAACUCGAGAGCUUUUUCUUGAGGAUUCUCCCUUGGAGUUCAAAAUACAUGCUUUCGAUUCUGAGGGUAACACAUUCAGCAACCUGGCAGGAUUGAUUUUUGAGUGGACAAUAGAGAAAGAUGAAGACAUUGCGGACUUUACAAAUUCUUAUAAUGCAGCAAAACUUUUGAAGUUUUCUGAAUCUACAUACACGCCACCACAUUACAUUUCAGAACUGGAGAAGCAUGAAAAACAGGGAGAUACAGUUUUGGUUUCAGGCAUAAAAACUGGAAAUUCAAAACUAAAAGCAAGGAUUCAGGAGACUUUAUACAAGGAUGUUCCAGCAGCAGAAGUGAGGCUUUUAAUUUUAGAAAACAUCAUUCUUGAGCCAGCCUAUGAUAUUUACAUUCUAGUCAGCACUUCAGUUAAAUAUAAGGCUCAAAAGUUUAGCCAAGGGACACUCACAGAGAUUGAAAUGCCAUGUGACCAGUAUGAGUUGCAGCUACAAAACAGCAUAGUUAGCCCCGAUGGAGAACAUAAUCUUCCUGUUGCAAAACUGGAGAGAGCAACUUCAACUGUCACUGCAUUGCAGUUGGGACAGACCAACAUAGUACUGGAUCAUAAGAAUAUCCGUUUACAAGAUGCCUCCAGACUGCCAAACAGUACAAUCUACAUUGUGGAAGCGGAUCACUUAGGUUUUGCCAUUCAGCCAGGAAAUAGAUGGGUCUUGGAAACUGGAAGAAAAUAUGAAAUCCUAAUCGAAGUGUUUGACAAGGCAGGCAACAAAAUUUAUGUUUCUGAUAAUAUCCGUAUCAGAUCGGAGAUUCCAAGCAAAUAUUUCAACAUUUUACAGUCCUCAAUAAGUGGAUGUUACCAUCAUGUAGAAGUGUUGGAGAAGGGACUAGUGGUAAUAGAAGGUGCACUCUCUUCUGUUGUGGAUCAGGUUGGAGCUGUCCAUGUCUUUCCUACUCCAGUGUAUAAACAGCAGGAAGCAGAAAUAUAUGAUCCAAUUGUUCUAACUCCAGCGGUUUUGGCAUUUCCCUGGCAGCCAAAAGUUGGGGAAUAUACGUAUAUCAUCAAUGCAAAUGGAGGAAGUGGAAAUUUUUCUUGGUUUUCUUCUAAACAUGCAGUGGCAAUGGUAACUUUUAAAGGAGUCAUUACUUCUGGAAUUGAAGAAGGUGUCAGUGUAAUACGUGCCCAUGACACGCAGAACCCUCUUCAUUAUGGGGAGAUGAAAGUUUAUGUGAUAGAGCCAGUAGGCAUUGAAUUCACAACCUGUCCAGUUGAGGCCUUGGUUGGUCUUACCCUUGAACUUCCUUUGAGAAUAUUUGGCAUUUUAAAUAUGGAUACUGGUGAAAAGGUAAUGCUGAGUGACUGCUCCCAGCUGGACUUGUCGAUGGACGUGGACAACCAGGGCAUCUUCCAUCCUUUACCAGGUAGACUAAAUCCUGGUCCAGAGUACUGUAGUGGAUUGCGAGUACAGGCUGAAUCUUCUGGAUACACAACACUCCAUGUUUGUUAUAAUAGGACAACAGAACAUCGCGGCCAUGUCCAGCUCAGAGCUCAGAUUACUAUUGCUGCAUAUGAACCACUAAAAGCUGUUGAUCCUCCCUCUGUUGCUCUGGUAACUCUGGCCUCAUCGAAGGAUAUGCUUUUUGAAGGCGGUCCAAAGCCAUGGGUUCUAGAACCUUCCAGAUUCUUUAGGAACCUCAGCGCAGAGGUUCCAGAAAGUGUUGCCUUGUCAAUAUUUGUUCCAACAUCAAGAAACUAUUUUCAGCACUGGGUCAAAGCAACGUGCCGAGCUUUGGGAGAACAGGUUUUAUCAAUAAGUGUUGGAAAUCAACCGUGUCCAACCAACACAAUGCCCAUCGUAGAAAGAGUUCUAGUCAAAUUUGUCUGCGCACUUCCAGCACGCCUAUCACUGCUGCCUGUCCACAGAGACCCACAGCUUGACCUGUCCUGUCCACUACGACAACAAAGCAAGCAAAUGGUACCUGUUUCAAAUGAUCUGAACCCUGUAUUGGAAUUUACUGUCUAUAAUGAGCAAGGCGUUCAGUUUGACAACUUCAGUUCUCUAAUUAUUGCAUGGAACUCAAAAAACACAUCCCUAGCAGGAAUUGAGCCUUCUAUACCCAUGCAAUUUAUUGUCAAGGAAGUUGCACACCAACAAAAGAAGCUCCAAGGACAUCAAACUGUUAUUGUACAUAGAGACUCAGGACUAGCUACCAUCACUGUCACUGUGGUUGGAUAUCAGACUUCCUACCUGAAUGAUGUUAGAGUGCAAAGUCCGUCUGAACACUUCACACCAAUAUCAGCUAAUAUUGAACUUCUGCUGGUAGAAGAUGUUAAAGUUUUUCCCGACACCAUCACAAUUUACAACUAUCCAGAUGUUCGAGGUGAGCUUACUUUGUUAGGUGGAUCUGGUUACUUCUUUGUUAACAGCACUGCGGACAAAAUUGGAAAUGUAAUUUAUCAAAAUGAUAAAGGAAUUGUCGAGGUGCUUCCCUUAAGCCCCGGCACUUUAACAGUGAAUGUUCAUGAUUUAUGUCUGGCAUUUCCAGCACCUGUCGUGGCUACUGUGCAUAUUUCAGAUAUUCAAGAAGUGUAUGUGAGUGUUGUUGAGAAGGUUGAGAUAGGAAAAUAUGUGAACGCUAAUGUCCAUGUGCUGGAUGAUAACAAAAAUCCAUUCUUGGCUAAAUACUUUAAUGUCAUGGAUUUAAAACUUCUGGCAUCCUCUCAGAUUGUUUCCUUGCUGCCAAUGAAUAAUAAUCUGGAAAAUGAGACGGCAGCAACAUUCCCGGUCCAAGGAAUAUCGGUAGGACAGACCAGUCUCUUUGCAGUUGUCAUGGAUAAAACCGGCAGACGGAUUAGUUCAGCUCCACAACCUAUUGAAGUCUUUCCACCUUUCAGGCUGAUUCCCAGAAAGAUGACAAUAAUCAUUGGAGCAAUGAUGCAGAUAACAUCUGAAGGGGGACUUCAGCCUCAACCCAGCAUUGUUUUCUCUACUGCUGAUGAGUCCAUUGCCUCAGUAGAUGAGAUGGGGCAUGUCAUAGGCAUUGGUGUUGGAAAUGUGACAGUCACUGGUGUGGCCCAAGCUGUGGAUGUGGAAACUGGCAAGCUGGUUAUAACAUCAAUGGACAAUGUAGAUGUUGAGGUAGUGCAGCUGAAGGCAGUCAGAAUCCGAGCACCGAUAACAAGAAUGAAGACUGACACAAAGAUGCCAGUAUAUGUGAUGGGAAUAAAAAGCAGCCAGACGCCUUUCUCAUUUGGCAAUGCCCUGCCAGGCCUCACUUUUCAAUGGAUAGUCUCCAAGAGGGAUGUCCUCGAUGUGCAGACACGACAUUCUGAGGCUAUGUUACAACUUCCUCUGGAAAAUAAUUUUGUAGUGAUUGCAUACGGCAAAGCUGAGGGAAGAACAGGUUUAAAAGUUAUCGUCAAAGCAACUCAGCCUGCAGCUGGUCACCUAGAAGGCAACCUAAAAGAACUUUCAGACGAAAUUCAGAUUCAGGUUUUUGAAAAGCCAUAUUUAUUAAAUCCUCAGAUGGAGCCAGAGGAAAUACUUAUGUCACCAAACUCCUUUUUAAGAUUUGAAACAAAUCGCGAUGCAGUUGCUACCAUCAGAUACAAACCACUAGGCUGUCCAAACAAGACUCCUUUAGUUCAAGUGGAUGAGAAAGGCAUAAUUACAUCCAAUUCCCUCACUGGUAUGUCCAGCUUAGAAGUAAACUCCCAGGAAUCAUUUGGUGUGAGUCAAAGCAUUAUCAUCGCUGUCAAGGUGUCUCCUGUUUCCUAUAUGAGGAUUAGCACAAGUCCUACUCUUUACACUUUCAACAAAGAGCUGUUGUCUGCCAUUCCACUUGGAGCCACACUUACCUUGACGGCUCAUGUCCAUGACAAUACCGGGGACAGCUUCCAUGCACACAAUUCAAUGCUAACCUUUGCUACUAACAGGGAUGAUCUUGUGCUUGUAGGAAAGGGAACGACCAACAACAGCUUUGUUGUCCGUACUUUAAAUGUGGGGCUUACCAUACUGGCAGUGUGGGACACUGAGCACCAUAGCAUUGCAGACUAUGUGGCAUUGCCAGUCCAGCAUGCCAUAAUGCCAGAUGAAGCAGAGAACUUGGUGGUUGGGGAUGUUAUCUGCUUCAGUUCAUCACUGGUGAACCAAGAAGGCCUUUCAGGAACAUGGAGUGCCUCUUCUGAUCAGAUCAUUGAAAUGGAUCCACGAACAGGUGCAGGUGUAGUAAAAGAUUCAGGAGCUACCACAGUUUAUUAUGAAAUUCCUGGCAUGAUCAAGGCACACAGAGAGGUGAUUGUUUCCUACUCUGAGAAGACAAUUGUCAUGGCUAGCACUGCUGGAUCAAGAAAUGUUGCAGGUGGGGUUUUCUCGCGGCCUCUUAUUACUACACGAGAGAAAGGAAGCAAUUUAAUAGGCCACUGUUCUCCUGCUCAAAUUGAAGCCAUCAGUGAUCUGCAUCCAGAGUCCAAUGUUGACUGUCAGCUCCAGUUUAGCAGUGACAUUUCGGAUCUCUCACCAGCUGAAGCAUUCACAUCUCAAACAGGGUUUGAUCCAAUCUCUGGUUACUACACUUGUUCUCUCAGCAUGCAGAGGCUAAACCACCAACAGCUUAAACUUCUCUUUCGGAUUCCUCAGCAGUUCCUCAUAGUAAAAGCUGCAAUACGAGGAGCUGAUAUCUCUGGAGUGCAGGUCACUGCUGAAGUGCCGUUCACCUCUCGCUUUCAUGCAGACGAGACAGAGAUUAUGCUAAACAGCCUGCACGAUGCUGCUGACAUUACUGUUUAUGGGCCUUCAGAAAUUCUAAGCCACCUUGAGGUGAAAUCUGGCUCUCCUCUCAUUGAUAUCCGACAGAAGGAGACUUCCUACGGAAUUCCCAGUUUUGUGAAAUACUCAAUCAGCAUGUCUGACUCCAGACUCCUCACUCAAGGAGAGGUAUCAACAGGCAUCUCCAUUUCCAGCCCACUGACAGAGCAGUCUAUCAUCAUUCCUGUAACAGUAAUACAUGCUGCUGAUGGAAGCACUGCAAUGCAACGUAGGUUUUUGGCAGGGUCCUGGGAGAGAGGAGGGCUCCUGCAGCAGUUCAUCGACUCAUAUCACAUAAUGUUUUUCACGUUCUUUGCACUUCUUGCAGGAACUGCCAUAGUAAUUAUUGCUUUCCACACCAUAUUUUCACCAAAUGAUCAAGUGUAUCAUCCACCAUUUAUGCAGACAACACCAUCCCAGCCAGGUUACAGUUCAUCAACCUUGAACCUCUUUAGGAGUAACAUUCCUCCAAAUGUAAGAAGAAAUCCACCACCAUGGCUCUUUAGUACUGACUAAAUGUCAGUGCCCAUAUUU